AUGUGCUCGCAACAACGCUACUUAAUUGCUUGUGGUGGUGGUGGUGGUGGUGGUGGUGGUGGUGGUGGUGGUGGUGGUGGUGGUGGUGGUGGUGGUGGUGGUGGUGGUGUUGACGAUGAAGGUUAAGGUGGUGCCUAAUUAAUUGGCCAAUAUGCUCCUCCAAUAAUAGGGUUAUUCAACAUUUGUUUGACUAUCAUGUGAUCAGGAAGUCUAGCCCUCCUCAACAAUAGCAGGUAUUGAGAGACCCUGCAGCACACGGGAUUCCCAAAAACCAGAAGAUCUUUAAACGCCGAAAAAAAUCAUGACAUACGAUGUUAAGGGAGGAAGUUACUUAAUCGAGGCUACAGUGCGGGCAAGCAAAGAUGAACAUCUUGAGUUUCUUUGUACAUCGCCUUAGGAUCGCUUUCGAUAGAAAAUCGUCCCAGCUACCCAGAACGAUCUAAUUCAAAGCAGUCUGAUAUAAUUACAGGAAAAGAACUUUCCUUAAAGGGGUUCGCAAACAUAGUUUGUCCGUCUUUUCAUACCCAUAUCGCUAAGAAAUCAGUCAGUAACCUCACAUAAAUGCCAAUAAUUUAACCCCACACCUGCCUACAACAACAUGACGGACACAUGCCAGGUUGCGGCGAUGCACUGCUGUUUCGGAUUUAUUCUGUAAUAAUUAAUUCAGACAAAACAUCACCAUCCGGAACCAGAAACGCAAAUAAGCGCAUACAUGCAGUAAGCAAGCUGUCGCCAGGCCGUGUCUGCCAGAUGGGUCAUAUGGGCUUCAUCGCACCGAAGUUCGUCAAUGCCUCACCACCCGGUAGUAUCUGUCGCCAUAACUCGGGUAAUUAUUGGCGUGGGUGUACACGCACACUGGACACCCAUUCGGAGAUUUUUUACCUCGGAAGUAGACGGUUCGAUGUGCGUUCAAUCCUGUGUGGCAUGCCUGUGCAUUUCGCCGGUGCGUGUCGAUCAAUAAUUUCAGUCCUCCAUACAGUACCAGUAUGAUAAAAUAGGGCGGGGCUAGGGGCACCCCCCCCCCCCCAGCGUGUCACCAUGCGCUAAAUUCCGGGACGAUAGGGUCACCGUUUUGAGGAUCGAGAUUGGGCUACCCAUAGGCAGUAUUAUGGUUAGGGUUACAAUUGCGAAGCGGGAAUGGGUACCUCCGUUGGAAUUUAGUGCAAAGCUGUGGCGGCUAGCCAUCCUGACUGGUCUGGUUUCAUUGUUCAAGACCUCGCUGCCUCAAGGUCACUCGCCUCUUGCAGCGAGCCGUCCCAGACGAGCUGGCCUGAAGCCACUCGACCGACUUCAGCUCGGACACACACAGCGUCGCGGCUACCUAUGUGCCACUUGAACGCGUCAGCCCCUGCAACCAGCAAAACAAGGCACUGGCACUCCACCCCUCGGCAAAUGUAACACACGCUGACUGGCCACCACUUGAGCUUGGCCCACGAGCCUACAAAAGCGGCUGCCACCAUUAUCUCAAGGACUCUCAGGCCUGACUGGACGCAGUCAACACUAGCCCUGGCUUCGCCAGUGGCCACUGCCGCCUGAGAGGACAACACCGGGUUCUGUGCACAAUAAAACCCUUCAUGCUGGUGCCUUUUGUCUUCUCCCUUUCAACACUGGGAUUCGACCUGGCGACGGUAGCGCACAGACUGCACACACACCGCCUAGUCGCUACAAGGCCACGGUUGUCCUCAUUCCCAUACGAUAGUGACCACUGACAUUAGCGUCGUGCUUUGCGGAGGGGAAUUCAAUACGGCAUUUCGAACGUACGAAGCUCUCCUUCGCGGCGAAAAGGUGGAUAUUUGGGGAGUACACAUUUCGAGGCAUAAGUGUAGCCUCCGAAUGACCUGUCUGGUAAGGCCAUCUAGGAAAUCUUUGCCACUAGUCAAAAGCAGCCUGGUUGAGAUCACUCACUGAAAAUGUCCUCAGGAAUUUUUCUGGGAGAGUUUGAAGGAUUUGAUUUCGCCUGGAAAAAGACAUUGAGGUGAAUUUUUCGCAUCUUAAGUGCUCUCCAACAGUGUUGUCGAAGCACUGCCUUUUUGCUAUAAAUGCAAGACAAAGGAAGUUUUUCAGAAAAAUUGAGUUGUGGUACACGUUCAAUAGCAAAACAGGCAACAAUCGGGAGAUGGCACCCAAAAAAUCCGUUACCUAGAAAUAAUACCUUUAACAGUGGACUCAAACGCCUUCUGGAAAUAUCAGUGGUUGCAGGCCUACUUUCACGCACUACUUGGACUUUCCCCGACGGCCUAACAUGGGCUGGCCGAAAGAACAUCGCAGGAGGUUACAUGGACGACGGUCGCUGUUACCCAACCUUCCCCAUCGUUACACACGUACACUUGAAUAUACGGCAUACAUUCGCAUUAUGGCAGUUUAUUACAAAACAUGAACACUAUUAAAUAGGAUAUGUCUGCACAACAUGGGGCUGGAACAGUUCCCAGGCAUCUGUCAAAGACAUGGCAUUGAGGCCAAACCAAAGACGAUACUAUACUUCGCUUAUGUGAGCCCACACAGCUCGAUCAGAUACAGGGUCUCCCUCGUAGAGUUUCCUUUUCAGUCUACUCCAGUAUGCCUCAAUGACAUUGGUGUGCCGUCCGGUGGUAGGGUCCUUGAAGAUCUUUGAGUGGUUAACAGAGGAAUGUAGAUAACCUUCUGAGGGAAGACGAUUAUACGCCUUCCACUCGUCCGUUAGCACUAUACUGCAUUUGGCGACCCACUUUGUAUUAACGGAACGGAGAGCGGGCCAACUUCGAUCAAUCAUCUGUUCAAAUAAGGCUAUCCGUCGGCUAGUAUCGUACAUCCCGACCAGCCACCACCCAUAAAACCCCUAUUACCACCUGUCCCGUAAGACAGGCUGCUUUGGUUAGGCGGAUUUUUCGGGUGCCAUCUCCCGAUUGUUACCAAACAGAAUAACGGAAUACGACAAAAUACCCGGGUAAGGUGAAAGGGCAAGAAGGAUAGGGUAUUGCGCAUUUGCAAUGAACUCUUGUUUAACCAUGGUCAAAUUUCCAACAGGCAAUCAACACCUACAGACGAAUAGGUAUGCGGUCGCUGUGGUCAGAUGUGGUUUAGUAGCCGCACGUGAGGUAAACAAACGCCAGCCACCUGUAAUAUAGGACCGGUGGUAACAGAGGUUUUUACAGGUGGGGCCGGAAGGGACGCACAGGCAAUGAGGUCGAGUGAUUGUAUGCGAAAGAAAAGCUAUUGGGAAUGCGCGCUUAUAAUUUAAGUGGUUGAGAAAUAAUUGUCCUGAUCCCUAACCCUGACCCCUAACCGCAACCCCGCACCCUAGCCCUGAAACAUCCAACGCGAAAAUAAGAAGGAGAUGACAGGCCGAAAGACAAGAAGGACCACCGGCAUUGAACACGGCAAAAAAGAAAGAAGUCCGCCAACACAACACACACUGCGGCGCACAUCAACAAUAUGGCAACAAAAUCACACCAAUUCAAAAUAAUUAAGUGGAUCAAAAGUAUUGUGUCCAUCAGGUGCGGUUGCAUAACCACAUCCUACCAAUUAAUGAUUUCUACACAUUGGAUUAUGUAGGUGAGGAGGGAGGGGUGACAGAGAAUGCGGAUCGACUGAUACAGUGUUGUUUCGGGUUUAUUCUGCCGUCAUUCAGCCAACCGUAACUCUGACCACCAAUUGGAACCAGAGGCAAAAAAGUGCGCUCGUACACGGUGAAGAUGUCCCACAGCCGAGGUCCAGUUUGUGGUCUAUUCAUGACCCCUGCCACCCAUGCGGAGUUUAUUUGCAUCGGGAAGCCAAUAGAUCAAUGUGUGCCCAUUCCUGCUUUAAUAAACACCCGAUCUGCAGCGACAGAGAGUGACAAGUGGCGAGGCACUGAUGAACUUCGGUUCGAUGAAAUGCUUAUGACCCAUCUGGUAGGCCUCAGUGGUGGGCCGACUGCGCCAGGUGCGUCUGUGCGCAUGUUUGUGUUUCUGGUCCCAGCUGCUGGUGGUCAGGGUUAUGAUUGGCUGAAUGAAGGCAAAAUAAGCCCGAAACAGUGCUGUAUCAGUCUCCCCACAUUGUGUGUUGUCUCUUCACCCUUCUCUGUCGUUCCUCCUGUUUGAAUAAAUCCUCGAGCUGCAGUGACAGAAGAUGGCAGGUAGCGAGGCACUCAUUAACUUCAGUUUGAUGAAGUGCUUAUGGCCCAUCUACUAAACCCUGUCUGUGGAAUAUCUGCGUCGUGUAUGAGCGCAUAUUUUCGUUCCUUGUCCCACUUAGUAGUCAGGAUUAUGAUCGACUGGAUGGAGGCAGUAUAAGCCUGAAACUGAACUGUAUCAGCCUACCCGCAUUCUCUGUCGUCCCUCCCUUCUCUGCCAUUAUAAUUUGUCCGAAUUCGGCCUGAGAGUUGGUUGCCUGGUUGUGACCUUGUUUGCCUUGGGAAUUCAAUAAAUCAGUGUGCGCCAAUUCCUGAUGACAUAAUGUACCAUUAUAGUGUAUAGUUAAAUUUACAGAGAACAAUGGAGAUUGCAUGCGUGAGAACAGUACGGGCAAGUUUGCGAGACCUGGGUGCCAUUUGCUAAAUUCGAUUUGAUACUGCUUUAUACUUUACGAUAUAUUUCAAACACUUAUGCAAUUGGCAAUUGGUUACGGUCAACACUGUGUCUUUGCAGAUUAAUUUCAGUGUUCAAAUUUCGUUGCAUUUCUUUUUGCCAUUCAAAAUUAUAAAUGAAAUCUGUUUGUCAAUCUUAGAUGGUUGCAGUGCACGACACCUCCCUCAUCAUUUCUGACGAUCAAUCUCGCUGUACUUGUUUUGCGUGUGGUAAGUGAGGUUUUAACUAUCGUUUUCGAAUAUCUGCCGAUUUCUGAACCUUCGUUUUAUUAGCCUGUGAUCAAGCAAUCUGCCAACUGUUCUGAAGUCCCAUCAUCCUCACCAGUAACACACGGAAAUACCAAAAUUGGAACAUCCUAACAGAAAUUUUCAAAAAUCUUCAAACAUCAACGGAAAUCAUCACUGUGCUGUUAAAGGGAAGAUGCCACCUAAUCGAGGCUACCGUAAGAAUUAGCGAAGAUUAGCAGCUUGAGUCCCUUCAUACAUCAGAACAGGAUCGUUUUGGGCGGAAAACCGUCCCAGGAACCCAAACCGAUCUUGUCCGAAACAAUCGGUGGUAAUUGGUGCGACGUUUCGAUUUCCUCUUUUGAUUGCCCAAUAGCGUCAGCUAAUUUUUCUGGACAAACCUUGGCAAAAGAUUCGUUUAUUAGGUUCGUUUCGUAAAAAACACAUGUUUCCUCAUAAUGCUACAUCUCGGACUGAAAAUCUGGCAAUUUCAAAAUUGUUUGGACAUUUUACUAUGCUAAAUAUACAGUCUGAUUGAUGAAAUUAUGCGGUAGAACUGUGGUGGUAUACAUCGGCGUCGACUCCCUCUUACUCCGAGUGGGUAAUAUAUUCAUUCCCCAGAUUGCCUUCUGGGCUCGUGACGCUUAAGCAUGACCUCAUGCUUCGGCAGGCUUUCUGACAUUGAUUAGUCAUCUUUAUCUGCUCCUCAUUCACAUGUACAUUUUCUUAUAUGCACACCCAUUGGCCUAUUCUACUUAUUGUAUACAGACUUUUCCACCCUUUGCUUAAGAGAACUAUAAUGAUGAAGUCAUCUGCACAAUACGCUGGCGCCGUCUAGAAGGAAAUCAAAUCUGACGCGAACGUUGCAAAUCGCUCACCAACGAUUCCUCAUGAUUUCGACGGCGGCUAGAUCGCAGUUGGUAGCCAGGAAUGGGGAAGUGGACGGCGACCUUAACCCUUCAUCCUAAGCCCAACCCUAAUGUCAACCUUAAGCGUUAACCGUUAACCCUAACGGCAACCCUAACCCUAACCGAAAUCAUAAACGUAACCGUAGCCCUUAGCCAUAGCCGUAACUGGAAGACCUAAUCAUAAUACUGAAACCUAACCGUGCGUUCAAACCCUAACCGUAACCUUAAAACCUAAGCCUAAAGGCAUAACCCUAACCCGAAAAUCGGAAACCAUUAGACCGUACCCUAAUCCUAACCUCAAACGUAAAACGGAAGUCAAAUGGGUCCAAUGUGAUAAUGGAGUCCCACAAACUAGCCCCGGUAAAAAACCCCCCAGCCACCUGCAAUACGGGGCCUGGCUACCAACUGCGAUCUAGCCUCGACGGCUACAGUUUUCACAGUAAUUACUCGUGGUCUUCUGGUGUCAUCUGCUUUGCGUACGCAUUUGAUUCAUUAUGAAUGGAGGCAUUUUUGAUGGAAAUUUUGGAGUGAUACAUCUCCCCCUUUCAACGCCGCCGUCUCACAAGAAUCUCCUCAGUCUAAUACCAUCGGUCUAACUUCAUCCCAUGACCGCGCGGGGGAGGGUAGGGUGUCGGCUAGCUUACCCAACAGGCCUUAACACGCCGGUCCGGCAACCAUGACAUCUUUUAAUCACACAGUCUAGUCUUCACCCAAUCCCCUUCCCACCACCCUCUCCCUCUCUCACGCAGGCCUCAACUCCUGACCUAGUUAAGCACCUAGUGUCCACCCCCAUACAGUCUAGCACGUAAGCCACGUACGUGGGCGUAUUGUCAGUAUGGUGGGAUCACGAAGGCGGGAUCAUUUACCGAUGUCAUCGUCUGUUAAUUCGUGCUGGUUAGAUAUUCUCACAGGUCUACUGUGCUCCCAUCUAACUGCCUAGAUAGGUCCUGAAUCUUCGCAGCUUUCUGAACCUGUCUACGUCAGAAGCUUGAAUGUUGGACUGCAGGGGGACAGUGAGCACUUAGUGUCUGACGAGGUCAGGAGUUUAGGCCUCCGUGAGGUGGUGGAAGGAGAAUGUGUGAAGACUGUACUUUACGGUCAAUGGAUGUCGGACUGGUGUGUGUGUUCAAACGGACAUCUCCUUUGACUGAAUGAAUGUCGAAAUCCUGAUAUUAGUAACUCCUCGUAUGAGUGAAAAGCAAAAGCUGAAAGCUGCCUUUUUUCUCAUAAUAAUGCUUCUUUUCUACAGCAGACCGACUUUACAGUUUUGGUUUGCUGAAGGAUUGAGACUAUGCGGCAAGAAAUCUAGAUAGACACGGAGAGAGAGAAAGAGGGACUUAGAGAAAGGGCAGGCUUCUAUUGUGUGAUGAUUAAAAGUUCAGUAAUAUGUUUAUAGAGGACCAUCGUUCGAUACAGGAGAGAAUUAUAUUUAAUAAUUUGCAUUGUUGAAUCGCUUAGGCAACGUAAGACUUCACUUGCUUCAGCGGCAUGCGAACGCGACCAGUGAACGGCGUCGCUGACUAGCACACGAGAGUGCGACCGUCGGUUUCACUGGUGUCCACCGUGGGCUCUACAACAUGGUGGGGCAGGGUCGGUGAUUUGGCUCGCAUCUUCGCUUUUAUCCGCCGAAAGAGCAACGCUUAGGGACUCUAAGCGUAUAUCUGCUAAUUUCUGAACCUUUGUUUCAUUACCAUUUGAUCGAGAAAUCUAAAAACUGUUCUGAAGUCCCAUCACCCUCACCACCAGCACACAAGCAUCUCUAAAAAUUGGAGCACCCUAAUAACGGGUGUCGAAAAUCUUGAACCAUCGACGGAAAUCAUCACUAGGCGGUUAAAAGGAAAGUACUACCUACUCGAGGCUACAGAAAGGAUUAGUGAAUAUUAGCAGCUUGAGUCCCUUCAUACAUCACCACAGGAUAGCUUUCGAUGGAAAACCGUUUCAGUGACCCCUGCCGAUCACAUCCGAAACAAUCGCUGGUAAUUAUUGUCGAGUUUCGACUUCCUCUUUCGUCUGCUCCAUAACGUCGGUUAAUUGUUCGAGAAAAAGUUUAGCAAAUGGUUUGUUUAUUAGUUUCGCGUUGUAAAAAACACUUCCUUUUGCCAUCCACACUACUCAGGGUGGGUAGAGUUCGCCAGAUUCUUUCGGGCUUGUGCAUUUUAAGCAUAACCUCAUGCUUCGGCGGUCUCUUGACAUUGAGUUGCCCUCUUCAUCUGCUCCCCAUUCUCAUGGGAAUAGGUGCCAAUAGGGGUUUUACUCGUGGGGCAUUUAGACGCGCCAAAGAAAAGGCAGCAAACUGGUAAUAUAGAAAGGAGCAUUUUCCGGUGAACUGAGGAAUUUGAAGGAGGUGAAACCCAAGUGCAAAUGACGACAAUUUGAUAAUGUAUGUGGGGCAGCUUUCGGAGAAAGUCGGUUUAUAGGAAAGGAAUACGAAGAUGCGGAUGGAAGACAAACAGCCAAUAGGAAUUGGCAACGCGUGGCCAAGGCCAGUCGCAUGGCGUACAGAAAAAAUGAUAGAAGGCGUGGGAAAGGAUCCGGUGGCAGUCAAGGAAACGGAUAAGGCAGGUGAUGAACCACAAGACAAGUGCAUAAUGCUAAGUUUAAGUAGGUUGCUCUGUAAUAAUGAUAAUAAAAAUAUAAAUAAAUUACAGACAACAAGCCAACACUUUAAAAUGCAACGACAACGCAGAACGCAUCUCCAAACCAAAAAUAAGGCUGCUUGCCUGCACGUCAUUUAACUUUUCCGCUGUAUAUACUGUGCAAUUUUCUUGAGAACGUCAACGACUUUCCUCCUGUGCCUUUAACGUACAUAGCCUAGCCACUCGUUAGAUUAGAAAAUACGAGGAGUGUAAGCAGAACGGGAAGGGGUUACAGGUGCAUUGUGCAUUUGCUCUAAUCUGUGCCUUUGGCAUAUCUCGUUAAUACAUUUAGCACAUACCUCAAUAGCACCUCUCCAAACUAUAUCAUUUUAACUUAAUUACGCCUACUCAAACAAUUCAGUAGGUCAACAGUAUAAUAUUUCUCAAGAGCGACUGCAGGACAAAACCUGCCGGAAUUUCUUAUUUGUACACCCGUUGGCCCGUUUUACAGCAGGUGUGCUAAGUCUUGAAGUUGUUGGGAGUGCCUACACUUCCAAAAUAAAGAGCCAAUCAAACACUGGAGACCACGUGUGCUUGCUCUUUCUACAGCUCUGCCAUCUUAAUCGGGCGUCUCUCCAUUAGCUACUCCCCUCUUCCCGAUGGUCGUUGGGCCGGAUGCCGACGAACCACAGUAGUGUGGUAUAAAUAUGCAUCACCUUUCAGCUAGUCGCGACUUGCAGUGUGUUUCUAAGACACUUUCCGAGACCGGCCGUGUUUUUUUGUCUGCCGCUUUGGCAUUGGGGACAAGGGUCAAGUGCGAAUAGGCUCCAGGGGAUGUCAAGUACCAGGCGGGUCAUAACAGAAAUGUUGACCGGAAUUCUGAAGUGCGUUUCCGUUUCGAAAAGGUUACUUAGGAAUGGUUUUAAAAGAAGUCAUUGUACAUCAUGAUCUAUAAUACUUCUGAUACCUCGGAUGCCGGCUUUUGAAUGAACAUCUUUCCGGCCGCAUGCGAAAACCACGCUCUGCAAAAAUGACCACUUAUGUAGAAUGAUUUUUUUCAAACUGAUUUUCGAUGUCCUCAAAAGUUCAAUUGCAUUUGCUGGAAAACAUGCAUAAAAAUAUUCAUUCUCUUGCUCAUAUAGUAGAAAAUUGCGUUCUCUUCAAAUUUCUUACUUGAAGAAAGGGCAUAAUUUGGCUUUCAAAAUCUUCUCCUAUUCCCAAAUAAUUUUAAAUCCAACCUGCUUUUGCACUUGCAUUUAGGGUUUCCAAACUACAAACCAUAUAUUUUUCAGUACGGGGAACCAUUAAUUUCUCUAUGGUAAUAAAACGAAGCCAUAAACGGAGUUUAUAAAGUUAGCAGUGGAUUUGAGCCGUAUUGUAAACUUUACAUGCAACAUAAGUAAAUGCAGAGGCACGAUGUUGUAUGAAAGGACAUUUCGCAGCAUGUAAACUCUCAUAGUUAGGAACAUUUUAAACCAAAUUAUACCAUUCCUUCGAGUAUAAAAUUGGACGAAAACAAGAUUUUUUGUCCAAUGGGCAAAAGAAUGAAUAUUUGUAUGCAUGUUUUUUUAUGAAAUAUAAUUGAAACUUUAAGGGCAUCGAAAAUCAAUGAGAAAACUUCACGCUAUACAAGUAGCCAUUUUAUACAGAGUGCGGUUUUUGCAGGCGGCGGGAACGAUUUUCGUUUGAUAGCCGGCAUCCCGAGAUAUCUGAAUUAUUAUAGAAUUAUACUAUACGAUCCCGCUUUGAAAACCCUACUUAAGUAAUAUUUUCGAAACGAAAGUGUUUUACAGAAUUUUCGGUUCACAUUUCAUGAGUUAGCACACCUACUAUACUUACUGGGCAUUAAUUUUCCAUCUCUGCUUAACAGGACGACCAUGCUAAGGUCAUCCGCACACUAUGCUAGCACUCUAUGGAAGGAAAUCAAAUUUGACGCGAAAUUUUGCAAAUCUUUCAUCGACGAUUCCUCAUUAUUUCAGCAGUCACAGUUCUCGGCAGUUACCAUAUGUGAUCUUCUGGUGUUAUCUGUUUUGCGUACGCAUUUUAUCCAUUAUGAAUAAGGCAUUUAGAUGGAAAGUUUGAAAUGAUAUGACCAAAAUAAUGCCUAUGUCUCCCACUUUCAACGACGCCGUCUCACAAGAAUCUUCUCAUCCCAAUACCAUCGGUCUAAAUUCAUCCCGUGACCGCGCGGGGGAGGGGAGGGUGUCGGAUAGUUUGCCCAACCGUCCCUAACACACCAGUCCGACAACCAUGGCCUACUUCGAUCACAAAGUCUAGUCUUCCCCCACUCCCCUCUCCCCACCCUCUCACUCUCUCACAUAGGCUUCAACUCCUGUCCUCGUUAGGCACCUAGUGUCCACCCCCAUACAGUCUAACACGUAAACCACGCACGUAUGCCUAUUCUCAAUAUGAUGAGAUCAUGAAGACGUGAUCAUUUACCGAAGGCAUCGUCUGUUACUUCGUGCUGGUUGGAUGUUCUAACAGGUCUACUGUGGUCCCACCUAACUGCCUAGAUGUGUCUUGAAUCUUUGCAGCCUUCUGAACGUACCUGCGUCUGUAAUUUACGUGUUAGACCGCAUGGAGACAGUGGUUCGUUUAUUGCAAAGCCACCACCUCGGCUUUUUCUUGCACGCGUUUGUGUAGGUCUUUAGAGUAGUAUGCUGGCGUCCGGUAGAUAACUUCAUAGGUUUCUUUGGCGCCGCCUUGGUGGUUCGUGCCGAUUAGAUGUACGAGAAUUGAAUUUGGAAUCUAUAGAUUUUCCCCUUUACCUAGCCAGGCAGCCAUACGUUCGCGUACCCUCUUUUCUAGACGCCUCGUUGUACGGUCGGUGUAUCCUGCUGCACGGGAAUAGGUGAAUGAGUAAAUACCUAUCGAUUUGGCCUAAAACGGCAGUCGGUCUUUGUCCCCUCCCCGCGCCGCAAAAGGAGAGAGUGAAGUGGAUGCAGCGAAAGUCGACUACCACAACAAAAUAAUUCACACGCAAGUCAACGUUCGGGUGCCCAGAAUGCCAUUAGAUAUGAUAAGGGAAUGAUUUGCCACUGGAGUAGGCCUAAUAAUACAAAAGACUGGUUACUGCAUGGCGUUGUUCAGUUACGUUUUGUUUUUCGAAAACCUGUUAGGAUUGGCCUGCUUGUUUCAUACUCUUGUGCUAUUGACCUCGCAGACAACCGGCCCGACGAGCAGGCGCUACAAAUUGUCUAUAUAGACUCAUUAUCGAGCCCCUCAACCCGGACGUGUUAGAUGUCAUGCGUAAGUUUUGUCCGCGAUCGAAGAUAUGCCAAAGACUGGGUAUUUUGAGAUUACUUUAUUCUGUUUCUUCGGCCGCUGGUCUGCCUAAAGACAAGAAGUUAGUUUACGGUUUAUCGCUAUUUUAAACUGUUGCAGCUAACUUUCACAUACAGAAACUGAUUUUUAUAUCCACAUGGACAGACUAUAAUUACGCGAUUCGAUAUUCUGGGCGGGAAUUUCUUUCUGAUGCCGAGAUCCUCCAUAAAUACCACGACUUAUUUCCAUUACACAUACCUAUUUACCUAUUUGCAAGCCAUGUCUCUUUACACUAUUAGACUUGUAUUUUCUAAUCCAUCAUACUUACUGCCACCUAGAUUAACUUGUCGUACAUUCUUCUUGUUUUCUGUUUUGUUUUUUAGCAAAUUCUUGACUGUCAUUGCGUCUCCUGGUAUAGCUCUCAGCCUGCGUUAUUUGCAUAUCUGAUUGCUUCCUGCAGUAAACUUCGAUUGGCGACUAGUUCCCCUGGAACAUGAGCGUCCGUUUUUUAGUUGACAGCAGUUUAAUCAGUUGCCUGAAUUACCUUGACUACUGUUUAUAAUUAGUCUUUUGAAUUCGUGCACCUACUUACUGUUUACGUUCUAAGCACAUUAGAAGGUUCCAGAUGUUAUUUUACAUUUUUUUUCUCAUUGUCGAUUUCUCGAUUUCCUUUUGUGUGCGUCCGAAGGCCCUACCCGUAUAAGCUCUUUUACCACCAUUUACCUUAGACAGGAUCCUAAGGUUCUCCGUUGCUGACCCCGGGGACCAACAAUACCCUCGCUAUAAAUAUGGAGUCUGGCUUCUGUAGUUAUAUAAUAGAAAUGUGGUAGUAUACAUCAGCAUCAACCCCCUUCUACCCCGAGUGGGUAAAGCUUUAAUUCCCUGGACUAUCUUCUCGACUCGUAAUUUUUAAGCAAGAACUCGUUCCUCGGCGUCGGUUGGCGCCGUCAUCCGUCUGGAGGGGGUUUAAUGGCCAACAUGCUUUCCUGCAAUAGCACCUCUUCUGUUCUCAUGAUUGGCGCCGGCCAAAACACAUUUACGCCAUCGCAGACCGUCAGAUGGGUAACUAUAAUCCAGUAUUCGGAGGUGGAAAUGUCGGUCGAGACUAGUGCAUUUGAAUCUCACACCAACCUGCCGCAAUGAUGGCACGCGGCAAGUCACGAGCCGAUGCCGUGACUGGCGGAGAGAACUGUGCUGUCCCACUAGAAACGCUGCAUACUAAGGCCAUCAACUGCAUGGCACUGCGUCGUCUACAGUCUAACUUCACUCCGGGACGGGGGUGGGGGCGACGAGUGUCUCGCUCGACAGACACUAACACACCAGUCCGACAACCGUGGCACCUUCUCUCUAGCAAAGUCUGGUCUUAAUCCAUGCUCCACACACUGUCCUACACGGGCCUCAACCCCUGACCUCGUUAGGCACCUACGGUUCACUUGCCCGAGGCGUCAUCUGUUACUUCGUGCCACCUCGAUAUUCUAACAAGUUCGCAGUAAUCACAGCUCAUCGUCUAGCCGUGUCGUGAAUCAGUGAAUUUUUUAGAAUGAAUAUUUUGCCGCACAUACCUGGCAAUUCACCACCAACUACUGUCUUUCAGCUGAUCCGGAAAUUUAACCAAUAGGCUUCCUUAGUUUCUUGCGAUCGCCAGUGAGCUCUUUUGCUUGGAGUAGUGGCUAAACAAUCCAACAGCAACAGAACUCAUUGCGAAUCAAUCGAAAGUGAAAUGAACUUCUACUUAAUACAGUGAUUGUAGAUUUGGUUUACUGAUCAACAAUGACACCGAAAAUAUGUUUCCGUGUUAUCCUGGGUGUGGUCUGCCUUUGCCAUUUGGUAGGUUCAUGCCACGGUACUCUGUUAUACAUGUAAAGAAGUUUUCAUACUUGAAUAUUUUUUAGUUUUUUAUAUAAUCCAGAUUGGUGUGCUUGUGCCUCUAUAGUGAAUCAUAAAAUAAUUAGCAAAAUUACCGGGAGAGAUCGUCAGGCAUGUUUUAAGACACAGCUCCUGAUGUUAGGUGAUUCUAGCACAUAUGAGGCGAGUCAGUAAUACUGGCUCUCGGUUUUGGAGGUUGAGGGCAAAAAAGUCGCCUCAUCGAAGGCUACUUUUACAACGUUAGUCGGAUCAGUUAGAGCUUGUUUAUCAAAGUUAAACCCCGGUGUUCAUCUAAUGUGAGACAUGUCUUCAUUUGAAAAUGCAAGAAAUUAAUAAUAAUUAAAGUCAGCAGCCCUUACUUUGCCAUCUUAAUGCAAAUAAAGAGGGAGAGAAAGCUAAGGGGAAAUUGAAAUGGCCAUCCCUGAAUUAUUUGCCGCCAUCAAACAACCACAUCAAGUGCCAGCAAGGCCAUGGAUAGGAACGCUGUGUGGUAUUUAACUCCCGGGAGAUUGGGGUUAGGGUUUAAGUUAGGGCCAGGAUUAAGGUUCUAUUGGAGUUAGGAUUAGGACACUGGAAUAGGUUCGCUUAGUGGAAUUUAACGGAAGGCCACCUAUGCUGCGGGUGUUGGCUCAUAUUCCCAUGUCUCUCUACCGUUAGAACAGAAAUUAAGAUCCUAAUUAGACAAAAUUUUCGUUUCUAAGUUGCACAUGGCAAGCGAUUUACUAAAGAGCUCCCAUUCAAGCUUUAACUCCCUUUCUCAGAAGAGUUAGUUUGCCUUAGCAGACCCACCGAUACUAACCCCAAACCCUAACCCUUAAGCCUAAGACCUCCGAACCCUAACCCACAUCCACCCCACCCUUCGGUAACGUACUUACCUUUCAACUGUUAACCCAACUAACCCGCGACUGUCCCCAUGUACCAAAGGCCGAAAAUGCCCACAAAUCUACGGUCAGCGAAACCAGUUGAGAAGUUAUAAACUGACAUCCAAGUAAGGCCGCGUUUCUGAUUCACAUCCCAACUCGUCUUCUCAUAGUUUCCAAUGUUGUAAUAUGUUACUAGUAAUUGUAUGGACUAUAAGGACACCAGAGAAUAAAUGACCUAUUAGCCGGUAGGUCAGACAGGUGCUGAAAAAUACCUAAAUCAAGCACGUCACUUAACAUAGUACUUAACCAAAUGCCCACCUGAGACAUGAAAAGUGUUUUAGCCAUUUGCCCAGAAGCCUAUUUCUUGCAACUUUUAACUGCUGAUUGUUUCUAUUUAGGCCAUUGGAAUCGUGGGUAUCGUGGUCGGCACCAUUGCGAGCGAACCUGCUCAAUCAUUUGGUCUGUCCAGUACUGCAUUCAGUAUUCAGCGCAUGCUGAUUGGUCUUGGCGUGCUGCUUGUCCUACUGGCCAUCCUUGUCGGUGCUAGCCUCUUUUGUCGCAGUCGAGUUCCUUUCUUGACAGUACGUCACAUGCGCUUUCUGCCCAACCUUAACAAUCACGCAGUUCUUAGUUCUGUCGAUCCUGACCGCCAUUGUACACAUUGGACUGGGCAUCUACACUCUCAUCCUUGGAAGUCGCGUAAGAAUGGCUAGCCCGUUUAUUUAAAACCACACACUCUCUCUCGCACAGGUCACUGAAUUCUUCAGAUCCCCCCUCACGGAUAAACUUUUUCUUGAUCCAGCCCUCAUGAACACGUUGCAGAGUACGGUAGGUUAAUUCAGCAAAACAUAGACAAUAUCUGACCACUAGUUGGAAUGCUGCGGAAUGUAUUCUGUCAACUAUUAUUACUUCCUAUGGAAUUUGCCAGAAUCGUGUUGUCCAGGGAACACCGGCUUCUGCAGUGUAUCAAAUGCCUACUCAGUGGUGAGUUGCAGUUCUUCAACCAGGCCCAUUUUCUCUCGUUGCUUUAAUACCGUAGAGAACUACCUAAGGUGUACAAGGACUUUCCCCUUGUAGAUGCAAGAAGUAUAAAUUACACGUCCGAUUAUAAAUAUAUAGCACUGCAAAAGUCCACCACCGUUAUGAACCAACUCACGCGUGAGUCACCAGCUCUGCGUCCACCGCGUUGUGCGACACAGAUAGACUUUGUCAUUAGAGACGAUGGAAAUGUCAUAUAUUAGAAAUAAUCAGCGUUUAAUCGGUUCCUAUAUUUCCUGGAAUGACAGAAUUACGAAGCUGCCGUAACGGACACAGGUAGGCGUAGGAUGCUCGAAGGUUGGUUUCAUCUUUCAGAGAGUAGAAUUCAAUUAAAUCCAUAUUUCGAAAUUGUGAGCAAGAAUUACAGAAUGAAAUUUCAUAUACACUGUACUUCUGUUUUCUCAAUUUAGGGCUGCGCCGAAAAAAUACUGAAUAUAAUAUCUCCGUUCUUUAAAGGACUGAGCGCAUUCCUCAUAUUGCUAUGCAUUGUGCAGAUAAUCCUUGUUAUUGUGCUUUAUGUAAUUUCGCCGAGAAGUGAGAAAGAGACGGAUAGUAAGGAGGUCUCCUAUUCAUAGGACUGAAAACGAUCAUGACAGAUUAUUGCUGUUGUAGCCAUACAUAAUAAAGGUGAAUUUUAACAGUGUGUAUAUUUUGGAUUUUGUGGGGGUCUGUAGUAGGUGGGGUGGAGGGGGGCGGGAUGAGAGCGUGGUGGUCCCACUGCGAGGGCCUGUUUGACCUCUGCGCUUCUGGCGCGUACUAGCGGCGGUUUGGUUCUCGGCCGAACACAGCUAUGCGAGCCAACCAAUCAACUUCAAGGCCGACGCGAACGGUCGCCCAAGGCGCUUUGACGGGUGUCCCACUGCCAGGCUGGAUUCUCGCUAACGCGGCCCGGCAAGUGGGCUCUCCCGCGACUGCCGACUUGUGCCAACCCCUUUUUCCGUCUGUCUGUACAGAAUCCAACAUCCCCUUAACUGGGGUCUAAUUUCUCUCCUUAUUCUGGACCGGGCCCGAAGGUUAAAGUGGCCUCUGGCUUACGCUGACGUGACAAGAUCGGUAAAAGUUUACAUGUGCUAUGUAACGCCAAGUAGGCCUUUGGCAACGGAAGGAUGUAUGACCCCAACUAACAUGAGGUAGUUUGUGGACCGUGCAAUACGUUAAAUAGUGGUAGAGAGGGAUUUAUAUGUGGGGCAAUAAGCAGGAAGAAGAGCAGGAGAAAUGCAAGAAAACACGGAAAAUAAAUUUCUACCGAAAGUCUUAUCGUAUGCUGUCAUAUGGCAAAGAAAAUGAACGCGAAAAUUUAAAAAAAAAUAGACAAAAAGUGUUUUCUAAAAAUGACAGAUUUUAAAUAAACCGUCGCUGGCAAGUUUACGUUCAGUCAGGAAGCCAAGAGUCCUUCAACCAAUUGGAGAGGUGAGUAAUAAGUGAUGUUUGGGGUCACACAGAAUUUUAGUGUACAUGUUGGGGAUACCAGCUAAUUGGGGUCCUGCACCCUGCAGCGUGCACAACAAUCCGUGGAAAAUGGCAACGCUAGAAAUGGCCAUUCCAGUCUCUCUUUCCUUUGCCGAAAAUGCUAUUGUGUGUAUAAUGCACGCCGCUGUGCGGCUCUAGUUGGGCUCGAGAGAGAAUGCUCAAAGUCACAACGGGACGAGUGACUUCCGUAACACUAUCGGUGGGCGCCGACUACCAUGGUCUAUUUGUACAUAUUGAAAAAUUCAAAGUAAGUAGGUGAAGAAGACAGUGUAAAUAGGAAAGAUAUAUUGGAGAAGAGUACUUUUUAAGUAAUUAUUUUUUCCCAAAAUUGCAGAUCAUCAACCACGGCAAACAGGAAGACUACACAACCACACCAAGGUUCAUGCAUGAAAACUGUAGAAAUAGUGGAAACUAUUAAUUAGGAGGAGAUUUUGACGAACUGCCAGACCAGAGGGCUACUACCAUCGGCGCUGACCUGCCAGUGCACACGCCAAAUGCGUCUGCAAGUCAGGAGACAGAGCACGGGCGGCUAUUUGUUCGGUGUGCACGAGGAACAAGGCGGAAAGCACGUAAAACCGGCUCGGAGUAUGAGAAGAACCUAUAAGCAAUCGGAACGGUCAUGAAGAUUUAGCUGAUAUUUUUGCAGGGAACAAAGGUCACUAAGUGUAAAGACGAUUUUGAAGUGUACCAUAUGACGAUUGUCGAAUGGUACGCAGUCUGUCACAACGUCUGUUCUGCCGCUCUCGUGAGGGAAACCGGUCAGAUUGGAGGCCCCAGAGCAGAAGCGCAAGUUAACGAAAUGCCCAUUUGCCGCCGAAAGUACAACGUCAGCAGACGUGGUUGCUGGUCGGCAUGUUUGAUACGAAACGAAAGACGGAUCUGUUUGAGAAGGUUAACUAUUGGAGCUGGACUGCCCAGAUUUCCGUUAUAAGGAAUUGGGUGGCAAAGGGAAGUGUCAUCAUAACUGAUGAGUGGAAAACAUACAAGCGCUUACCGUCAAAAGGAUAUGAGCCAUUCUCGAUUAAUCGUUACAAGAAUUUUCGCGUGCACAUUUCCAGGUUUGAUUGCUGACUGCUGUCUGGAAGACGAUCAAUAGAAUCUGAGCUUGCUUACGUCCUACUAGCACACACAGUUGUUGAAAUACAGAAAAAAAUUCUGACUAGUUCUCGGAAAGCUCGCAUUUCCGUUAAUACAGCCACUCUAAAAAUAUUCUGACGGACAACACGGCCCAAUAUGUAUGGUUUCAAACUACCACAAUCCAUUAUGCUCACCAUUCUUUACAAACGAAUAUUGCAAACUAAUCUGAAGUUUAAAAAACUAUCUAGGAUUUUGCUAACAAAGUUUUUGUCAUACAGUAGAUGCGCUAACUCAUGAAAUGUCAACCAAAAUUUUGAAAUGGAUUCUCGUUUCGAAAAGAUAAAGUAAGUAGUGUUGUAAAACUAAUCAUGAUGCAGCAUAAAUCUAUAAUGAUCCAGUUACCUCGGGGUGUCUGCUUUCGAAAGAAUUUAUUUUCGACUGCAUGAAAGAUAUAUACUCUGCAAAAAUGACUACUUAAUUAGUAUGCAAUUUUCUCAUUGAUUUUCGAUGCCGUUGAAAAUGUUAUUAUAUUUCAUGGAAAACAUAUAUAAAAAUAUUCACUCUUUUACUUAUUUGGUUGAAAAUCAUGUCUUCUUCCAACUUCAUACUCAAAAGAAAAGUAUUAUUCGGUUUUAAAAAAGUUUCUAAUUGUGAGAUUUUUUAAUACCGUUAAAUGGCCAUUCAUAAAACGUCAUGUAUCUGCAUUUACGAAUGUGGCUUGUAAAGUUAACAAUAUUGCUCAAAUCCACUACUUAAUUUUAUCAACCUCAUAUGGUCUCAUCUUAACACCGUAGAGAAAUGCAUACAAUAUUAUUUACUUAACAAGAAACAUUCGUAAAUGCAGAUACAUGACGUUUUAUUAAUGGCCAUUUAACAGUAUUAAAAAAUCUCACAGUUAGAAACUUUUAUAAAUCGAAUUAUACUAUUCUUUUGAGUAUGAAAUUGGAAGAAGACGUGAUUUUCUACCGAAUUAGUAAAAGAGUGAAUAUUUUAGGCAUGUUUCCCAUGAAAGAUAAUUGAAUUUUCAAGGGCAUCGAAAAUCAAUGAGAAAAUUGCAUACUAAUUAAGUAAUCAUAUUUUUCAAAGUAUAGAUCAUGCAUGCAGCCGAAAAUAAGUUCUUUCGAAAGCAGACACCCUGAGGUAACUGGAUAAUUAUUGAUUUAUGCUGCAUCAUGAUUAGUUUUACAACACUACUUAAUUUAUCUUUUCGAAACGAGAAUCCAUUUAAAAAUUUUGGUGGACAUUUCAUGAGUUAUCACAUCUACUGUAUGCAUAAAUGUGGCCUCCGAAUGACCUGUCCGUUGAAGGCCAUAUGAGACAUCUUUGUCUUCAGUCUUAAAAGUCUAGCUGAGAUCACUUUUCCCUGAGAAUUAAUCGAAACCUAAAUGUCAACGAACUUUACAGGCCAAUCUUCUACAGAUAGCCCACCUCGGCCCUUUCGGAUAGAGGCAAAUUACUUAUGGGAGAACAUGGCCUGUAGGCAUAAAAAGGAAAACUUGGGGAAAACACGAUGAUUGACAUUCCGUAAAUCACAUUUAAACCCAUCACCAAAGGCGGAAUCAGAUAAGGCUUAUGCGCACAGACUAAAGGCAACUACGAGGCCGUAGGACCCACUGCCACGACAGGAAACGUCUGGGGUCAUCUACCGCCUCGACAACGGUUGUGAACAAAGCUAAUACGUCUAAAAAUCUAAAGGACUACUUGCGACGCGGAUGAUGGAUCAAGCCGUGGCAGUGAGGAGGAAGGAAGCUAGCUACGAGUGGCACUCAGUUCAACGGGAUCCGACGAUCAUUCAAUUUCGAUGAGGCCAAAAUCGCGCAAGAGGUGACAAUCCUACAAGCAUACAAGGCUGUUGAAAUGACAGACUUUAAAUAAACCACCACUGGCAAGUUUACGUUCAGUCAGGAAGCCAAGGAUCCUUCAACCAAUAGGAACCGUUGGCAAUAAGUGAUGUUUGCGGUCACACAAAAUUUUGGUGCACAUGUUGGAGUUGGCAGCUAAUUGGGCUCCUGCACUCUGCAGCAUGCAGCACUACCCGUGGAAGAUGGCAACGCUAGAAAUGGCCAUUCCAGUCUCUCUUUCCUUUGCCGACAAUGCUAUUGUGUGUAUAAUGCACGCCGCUGUGCGGCUGCUAGUUGGGCUCGAGAGAGAAAGCUCAAAGUCACAACGGGACGAGUGACUUCCCUAACACUAUCGGUGAGCGCCGCCUACCAUGGUAUAUUUGUAGAUAUUGAAUAAUUCAAAGUAAGUAGGUGAAGAAGACAGUGUAAAUAGGAAAUAUAUAUUGGAGAAUAGUCUUUUUUAAAUAAUUAUUUUUUUCCCAAAAUUGCAGAUCAUCAGUCACAGCACACAGGAAGACUACACCACCGCACACAGGUCGAUGCACAAAAAUGGAAAUUUUUAAUUCGAAGAGGAUUUCGGUGAUCAGUCGGUCCAGAGGGCUACUGCCAUCGGUGCUGACCUGCCAGCGCACACGCCAAAUGAGGCUGCAGGGCAGGAGGCAGAGAACGGGCGAUUACGUUUUCCGGUGUGUACGAGGAAGAAGGCGGAAAGCACUUAUGACCGGCUCGGAGUAUGAGAUGAGCCGAUUAACAAUUGGAAAAAACAUGAAGAGUUAGGUGAUAUUUUUGCAGGUACGACUGGCCACUAAGUUAAAAGAAGAUGUUGGAAUGUACCAUGUGACGGUUGUCGAAUGGUACGCAGUCUGUUGCAACGUCUGUUCUGCCACCCUCGUGUGGGAAACCGGUCAGAUUGGAGGCCUCGGAGCAGAAGAGCAAGUUAUCGAAAUGCCCAUUAGCUGCCGAAAGUACAACGUCAGCAGACGUGGUUGCUGGUCGGGAUGUUUGAUACGAAACGAAAGACGGAUCUGUUUGAGCAGGCCAACGAUUGGAGCUGUACUGCUCAGAUUUCCGUUGUAAGGAAAUGGGUGACAAAGGGAAGUGUCAUCAUAACUGAUGAGUGGAAAACGUACAAGCGCUUACCGUCAAAAGGAUAUGAACAAGUCUUGAUGAAUUGCUCGAAGAAUUUUGACGUACACAUUUCCAGGUUUGAUUACUGACUGCUGCCUGGAAGACCCUCGAUAGAAUCUGAGCUUGCUUAAUUCCUAUUAUCAUAAAAGUUGCCCGAAUUCAGAAAAAUGCUGACUCUUACUCGGAAAGCCCGUAUUUCCUGAAAGGUAUUCUGACGGACAACAAGGUCCGACAUGCAUGGUUUCAAACUACCACAGUCCAUGAUGCUCACCAUUUUCUGCAAACGAAUAUUGCAAACUAAUCUGAAGUUGAAAAAACUAUCUAGGUUUCCGUUAACAAAGUUUUUGUCAUAUGCAUAAGUGUGGCCUCCGAAUGACCUGUCUGUUGAAGGCCAUAUAAGACGUCUUUGUCUUUAGUCUUAAGAGUCCAGCUGAGAUCAAUUUUACCUGAGAAUUUAUCGAAACCUAAAUGUCAACGAACUUUACAGGUCAAUCUUCUACAGAUUGCCCAUCUCGGCCCUUUCGGAUAAAGGCAAAUUACUCAAGGCAGAACAUGGCCUGUAAGUAUAAAAAGGAAAACCUGGGAGAAACACGAUGAUUGACAUUCCGGAACCACAUUUAAAUCCAUCACCAAAGGCGGAAUCAGAUAAGGCUAAUGCACACAGACUAAAGGCAACUACGAGGCCGUAGGACACAUUGCCACGACAGGAAACGUCCGGGGUCAUCUACCGCCCCGACAACGGUUGUGAGCAAAGCUAAUACGUCUAAAAAUCUAAGGGACUACUUGUGACGCGGAUGAUGGAUCAAGCUGUAGCAGUGAGGAGAAGGAGGGAAGCUAGCUCCGAGUGGCACUCAGUUCAACGGGAUCCGACACUCAUUCAAUUUCGAUGAGGCCAAAAUCUCGCGAGAGGUGUCAAUCCUACUAGCACACAAAGUUGUCGAGAUACAGAAAAAAAUUCUGACUCAAAAUGCUCGCAUUUCCGUUAGCAGAACCACCCUGAAAGAUAUUCUGACCGACGAUAAGGUUUAAUGUGCAUGCCUUCGAACUAUCACAGACCAUGAUGCUCUCCCUCCUCUGCAAAUGGAUGUCCACACAUUAACUCGAUGUUUAAUAAGCUAUGUGGGGUUUCGUUGGCAAACUUUUUGUCAUAAAUGUGACCUCCGAAUGACCUGCCUGUUAAGGGCCACCUAGGAACUAUUUGCCAUGAGCUGAAAGGAGCCCAGCUGAGAUCACCUACUGAGAUUGUCCUUGGGAAUUUACCGAAACUAUACAGGACAAUCUCCCAUAGGCUGCCCACAUUGACACUUUGAGAUCGAGACAAAUUAUUCAUGGGGGAAACAUGGCCCACUUGCUGCUAUGCUUAAAACCAUAUGCCCUUUCACAAAUGCCGUCAAUGUUGCUGCAAAUAUGACAAGAAAACCUGAAGAACACACAGUGCCUGAAUCACACUCAAAUCCAUCACCGGAGACGAAAUCAGGCAAGGCUAAUGCACUCAGACCGGAUGCAACCACGAAAUUAAAGGGUCCGCUGCCACGGCAGGAAACGUCUGAAGUCAUCUACCACCUCGGGUGAAGUCGCGGAGACAACAACUACGUGGGAGAAACUGGAGUAGCAGCCAAUUCGAGGGGAUCCGGCUGCACAUCUAAACGUGAGGUGGUCGCAAUUUUCGCGAGAGGUGACAAUCGUGUGAGCCGCAAACUGUUUAAGUCAUGGCUUUCUAGCCUUUAUUUGGGCACCGAGAUUAAUGACGACUUGCCGACAUAUUCUGUGUUGAGACCUUGCUUUGACGGAGUGAAUGACCACAUGGGGAGCGUGCUGGUGACCACUGUUCACAGUCCCAAUGUCGGCGAUUCAAAUGACACAGGAACCCACACAAGUGAUGCAAUCCCAGUGGGUCAUGCCUCAUAUGUGUGCAGUUAGGCGAUUAUUGAACCACAUGCGGCCGUCCGCAAUGAUUUCCAGGAUCGACAAAUUUUUAUUGGAGGCAUAGCAACUGCAUCCUAUAAACAGUCCAGCACUCCCCUUGCUUGAUUGAGCCUCUGAUGAUGCAUCCGAGUGUGAAUCCGAAUCUUCCGGCAAGUAAAACUCCUGUUCCAGCGAUCGUGCCUCCCUCUUUCUGACUGCCUUCCCGGACUCGCACCUUGCUAUUUAUCCGCUGAAGGAGCAACGCUUAAGGACCCUAAGGCCUUUGCCGCGUCGUACGAGUUUGAGGAAGUUGACUUUGCGAUGAAUUUCACAUCUCAAGUAUUCUCUUAAUGCGUUGCCUUAAUUUUACCCCCAAUGCAAGACGAAGGGAGUUUUUCAGAAUUUAUUGUCCAAGUGGAGAAUUGAGCUGUGGCGCACAUUCAGUAGUGAGAUAAUAAGAGAAUAGGCCAGAAUACUCGGGCAAGGUGAGGGAGUAAGAAGGACAGAGUAUUUCACACUCGACUACCCGGAUCAUGCGUAAUGAACGCUUGCCUAACAAUGGUCAAAUUUUUAAUAGGCAAUCAACGCCUACGGACAAACUGGUACGUGGCCGGUGUAAUGGGGGCAGGGGGAGGGGAACGUCUGUCGGGUCAAAAGUUAGAAUUUGAAGUAUUUAACUACUCCUUUUCUCAAUGAGAACUGCCAAAAUAUGUUAUAGCUGUUGACAGAGCUGUUCAGCUGCGUCUUAGAUCACGGUUUUGAGUGUAAAAGUGUCCAGCGAUUGUUUACGUGACGGACUUAGUAGGUCGUUCGCAGGCAAUCAACACUUACAGCGGGUGCGAUGGGGGGAGGGGACAGAGUAACAUCUGUCGGGCCAAGGUUAGAAGUAGGAGUAUUUGACUUUUAACAUGCUGAAUAUGCGUUUGAACCCGCCAAUGGGAAUGCAGUAAAAUGAUAAGAUAGAAAGAAGUACAUUUAGGUUAGUGUAGAAAUUUGAAACAAGGAGUGCAAAUGGUAAAAAUGUGAUAGUGUAUAUGUAACAGCUUGUGGAGAAAGACAAUGCGUAGGUAAGGAAUACAAAAAUGCAAAAGGAAGGCAAACAGCCAAUAGGAAUUGGCAACACGUGGCCAAGUUCGUUCCGCAUGCUGUACAGAAAAAAAUGAUAGAAGGUAAGGGAAGGGAUCCGGAGGCAGUCAAGGAAACGAAUAAGGCAAAUGACGAACCAUAAGACAAGUGUAUGAUGCUACGUUUAUGUAGGUUGUUUGUUAUAAUUAUAAUGAAAAUAUAGAUAAAUUACCAGCGGAAAGCUAACACGUUGAAAUGCAACGGCAAUGGAGAACGCAAUUCCAACCCAUAAACAAGGCCGCUCAACAGCACGCCAUUGACUUUGUCUACUGUACUUACUGCAGUUGCGAAAUUUUCUUGAGAACGUCAACGAUUUUCCUCCUGUGCCCUUAACUUGCCUAGCCUAGCCACUAUCUGGACUAUCUGUGGCAAGCAGAACAGAAAAAGGGUGCAAGUGCGCUGAGCACUUGGCCUAAGCUGUGCCCUUGACGUACCUAGUUAGUGCAUUAUGCACAAAUCACUACAGUGCCCUUCCAAAGUAUAUCAUUUCAACUUAAUCACGUCUACUCAAAACAGUUCAGUAGGUCACUAGAAUAAUAUUUCUCAAGUGCGACUGCAGGACAAAACCGGCCGAGGUUUCUUAUAUGUACAUCCGUUGGCGUAUUUUACAGCAGGUGUGCUAAGCCUUGGAAUGUUGACCGGAAUUCUGAAAUGCGUUUUCGUUUUGACAAGAUUACUUAGGUAUGGUUUUAAAAGAAGCCAUCGUGCAGUACAAGUCUGUAAUAAUUCAAAUACCUCGGAUGUCGACUAUCGGAAGAACACCUUUCCGGUCGUGUGCGAAAACCACAUUCUGUAAAAAUGACUGCACACGCAGCAUGAAUUUUUCCCACUGAUUGUCGAUGUCCUCCAAAUUUCUAUUGCAUUUCUUGGGAGACAUGUAUAAAAAUAUUCAUUCUGGUGCUCAUUCGGUAGAAAAUUGCGUUCUUCAAAUUGCGUACUUGAUGAAAUGGCAUAAUUUGUUUUUCAAAAUCUUUUCCAAUUCCCAAAUAAUUUCAAAUCCAACCUACCGUUGCACUCGCGUUUAGGGUUUCCAAACUACAAACCAUAUACUUUUUGCGUAAAGAUAACCAUACAUUUCUUUACGGGAAUAAAACGAAGCCAUGUAGGAUUCAUAAAAUUUAGCAGUUGAUUUGAGCCAUAUUCUAAACUUUACAAGCAACAUUAGUAAAUGCAGGGACACAGUGUUUUAUGAACGGGAAUUUGGCGGCAUAAAAAUCUCAUAAUUAGCAAUUUUUUAAAACCUAAUUACACCCUUCCUUCAAAUAUAAAAUUGGAAGACGGCAAUUUUUCUAUCGAAUGGGUAAAAAAUGAAUAUUUUAAGCAGGUUUUCCGUGAAAUAUAAUUAAAAUAUUAAAGGCAUCGAGAAGCUCUGUGAAAAAUGUACGCUAUAUUGGUAGCCAUUUUAUACAGACUGCGUUUGUGCAGGUGGCCGCAAAGAUGUUCGUUCGAAAGCUGGCAUCCAAAGAUACCUGAAUUAUUAUAGAAUUAUUCGUCAUGAUGACCACUAUUAAAACACUACCCGUAGUCUGACCGUCCCGGUUCAGAACCCAGCAUGACUCCCCGCCCGCAUUCCUCCUCACACACUUAUGAUCCGCCCGUCAAUGUUUGUCCUGUUGCGUUUACCAGUCUAGAGUGACUGUCCCACUCUCUCUCUCUCUCUUUUCUAUUCAUUUCGUCUGAAGACGGAUUGGUGUCACGAACUCGAAAAUUCACGAGUACAACUGGAUUUUUUCCGAAGAACCUCUUCCUUUUUCAUUAUAUCGUCUCGGAAUGCAUACCAUUUCUAAUCUGCAUAUAUAUAAUGGUAGGGGGCGAUCGCCGAUCGUUUCUUCGGAACUCACUCGUUCCGUUGUAUUAUAAGGGCUCUCUCUCGAGCCCACCCAACAGCCGUAUAGCGUCGCAUGAUAUAGGCAGUAUGUUAUUACCGACAACGACAUGGGAGACUGAAAUGGCCAUUUCUGGUUAUUUAGCCGUCGUUAGCCAGUCGGCUAAUAAGCCAGAAAUGGCCAUUCUAGUCUCCCUUGUCUUUGUCAAUAAUAACAUACUGCAUAGGCAUAUAUCACCAUACUGAUACCAUCGGCUGCACAGCGUAGUGUCUUACAAGGACUAAAUUCAUCCCGUGGUCGUGUGGGGGAGGGGAGGGUGUCGUAUAGCCUACCCGACACACCCCAACACGCCGGUCCGACAACCAUGAUAUUCUUCGAUCACUAAAUCUGGUCUUCACCCACUCCCCCCCCUCCCCUCCAUUCUCCCACUCUCUCACACAGGCCUCAACUCCUGUCCUCGUUAGGCACCUAGUGUCCACCCCCAUUCAGUCUGACACGUAAACCACGCACGUAGGCGUAUCCUCAAUAUGAGGAGAUCAUGAAGGCGAGAUCAUUUACCGAAGGCAUCGUCUGUUACUUCGCGCUGGCUGUAUAUUCUAACAGGUCUACAGUGGUCCCACCUAACCGCCUAGAUAGGUCAUGAGUCUUCACAGCUUUCUGAACGUACCUACGCCUGUAACCCACGUGUUAGACUAAAUGGGGACAGUAAAAACUUUAUGUGUCUAAUGAGGUCAGGAGUUCAGGCCUCUGAGAGACAAUGGGAGAAGUGUGCGUGAAGACUGUACUUUACGGUCAAUAGAUGUCGGACUGGUGUGUUAGAAACUGCGUCGGUAAAACAUGAGACUCCUCACUGUAAUGCCGUGAAAUUCUCUGAACCAACAUCUCCUGUGACUGAGUGAAUGUCGAAAUCCGGACAUUGGUAACUCCUAAUCUGUCUAAAAAGCAAAACCCCAAAACUGUCCUCUUUUUUGAAAAAUUCAGUCGGUAAACGUAGGUUUUCGGUGAUUCAUCGUCAGGCCACUAUAUUUACAUGGAGGCCGAACUUGUGAGUAAUAGACAGGAUUUAAGUAUGUCUCAAGGGCAGGACUAUUUACACACCUUGUUGUCACGCAGUUUGUCUGACGGAGUGAGCAUGCGAAGGACGGUGGAGCUGGGGUGGGGUGUGCUAGAAGAGGAGGGAUUCGGUUAUGAACGCUGUUUUUAUGUCAAACACGCGGAGUGCGUGAGACUCUUCUCAGGGCGUAAGGGCGACAUGCCAUCAGCACUUGGAUUUGGGGUCGGCCACGGAAGACAGACUGCCUGUGUCAACGUCUUCUGACAAGAAAGAGAGCUGGAUUCCUUAAUCGAAUGGCCACCACCUCGGCUGUUUUAGCCGCCGUUUUUGUAGGUCUUUAGAGAAGUGUGCUGGCGUCCGGUAGAUAACUUCAUAGGUUUCUUUGGCGUCGACUUGGUGGUUCGUGCCGAUUAGAUGUACGAGAAUUGAAUUUGGAAUCGAUAGAUUUUCCCCUCUAACUAACCAGGUAGCCAUAGGUUCGCGUACCCUCUUUUUUAGACGCCUCGUUGUACGCCCACCGUAUCCCGCUGCGCAGCAUUGGGUGAAUGAGUAAAUACACAUCGAUUUGGCCUGCAACGGCAGUCGGUCUUUGUCCCCUCCCCCCAGCCGUAGUAGAGAAGAGGAGAGAGUGAUGUGAAUGCAGCGAAAGUCGACCACCACUACAAAAUACUUCACGCGCAAGUCAACGUCCGGCUGCCUAACAUGCCGUGGGGCGCACGAUGGGCAUCGUCGGUAACGGCAGCUGCAAUGUCAGUUUAUCAUCUGACCGCAGGGUGAUGUACUAUCCCACAGUAGACGGCCAAUAUACCGCACGGCCUAAAUACCGUCAGCUGCCAUAUUUUGUGUUGAACUACUGUGGAGACGAUAGAGAGGACAGGAUAGAGAAGGCGAUCGUCCAAGUGGUGUAUUUUGUGCCCGACAUAAACAAACGUCCACUGUCGCAGCCAAAUAAUGCAGUUUGGGAGUCUGCGCAUUCUUCUACUGCAACUUCUUCUGCUGGCGGUGCUUUCGAAAAUCAGCAGAAUCCGUCCUUGCACACUCAGCAAAUGAAUGCAUACCUUCUGACUGGGGUUCUUACAUGCGAUUUCAUGUUUGAAUUGGAAAAGUGAUUUCUAACUAGCAUGCAACGCUUACUUGUCUGGUGAGGAUGAUGAUGAUGAUGAUGAUGACGACGGGGAUGACGACGAUGAUGAUGAUGAUGAUGAUGAUGAUGAUGAUGAUGAUGAUGAUGAUGAUGAUGAUGAUGAUGAUGAUGAUGAUGAUGAUGAUGAUGAUGAUGAUGAUGAUGAUGAUGAUGCCUAA